AUGUCUCGUGGCCCACGGCGCCUGCUCGGGCUCUGCCUGCUGUUGCUGCUGCUGCUGCUGCUCCCGGGCGCACCUGGCCACCAAGGGGGAGCGAGGCCUGGGGAGCGCGCCGCGGAGCCGGGCGCGGUCUGGCCCAGCUUCCAGGGCAUGAAGGAGAGGCUAAAGGCAGCCGGUGCUGUCUCCAGGCGGUACUGGGCGCUCUUCAGAUGCCAAGUGUGGCCCAAGGACUGCGAGGACAACGAGGCGGCGGCCUGGGAGCCUCUGGGCUGGAAGCUUCCCCUGUUGGGCCAGCAAUACCUGGAUAUCCUGACCAUGUGGUACUGCAGCUUUCAGGACUGCUGUGACAGUGGGGACUGCAGGAUCUCUAACAAUUUCACAGGCCUCGAGUCAGACCUGAGUGUGCGGCUGCAUGGCCAGCAUUUGGCCCAAGAGCUGGUCAUGAGAGCAGUGAGGGGCUACAUAGAGACACCCCUGCCAGACAAGGCCCUGGCCCUGUCAUUCCACGGCUGGUCUGGCACUGGCAAGAACUUUGUGGCACGGAUGUUGGCGGAGAACCUGUACAGGGACGGGCUGAGGAGUGACUGUGUCAAAGUGUUCAUCACCAUGUUCCACUUUCCUCACCCCAAAUAUGUGGACCUGUACAAGGAACGGCUGGCCAGCCAGAUCCGGGAGACACAGCAGCGCUGCCACCAGACCCUGUUUAUCUUUGACGAGGCUGAGAAGCUGCACCCGGAGCUGCUGGAGGCCCUGGGGCCCCAUCUGGAGCGCGGGGCCCCCACAGCUGGGACCCUGAGAACCAUCUUUCUUUUUCUCAGUAACCUUGGGGGCAAUAUCAUCAAUGAGGCGGUCCUGAAUUUGCUGAAGGCUGGACAGUCCCGGGAAGAAAUUACAAUGGAACACUUGGAGCCACUCCUCCAGGCUGAGAUUAUGGCGUCCACAGAGAGUGGCUUUGGCCACAGCCGUCUUGUGAAGGAGAACCUGAUUGACUUCUUCAUCCCCUUCCUGCCACUGGAGUACCGUCACGUGAGGUUGUGUGCACGUGACGCUUUUCUGAGUCAGGAGCUGCUGUAUACAGAAGAGGCACUGGAAGAAAUUGCCAAGAUGAUGGUGUAUGUCCCCAAGGAGGAACAACUCUUCUCUUCUCAGGGCUGCAAAUCUAUUUCCCAGAGAAUUAACUACUUCCUGCCUUGA